GGGCUUCUGCCGCCAAGGCCCUGCAACGUCUCCCCGGUGUCCCGGGCGCCCCACCCUCUUCGGCCUCCGGCUCCCGGCCCACAGACCCCCGCGGGCCGCUUCGCGCUGCCCGAAGGCCCGGGGCGCGCGUGACUCUCGUCCGCAGGGCCAGGGCUGUGCCCCCGCAGCCCGGGGUGCGGCAGGGGAGGACACCCAGAGCUGGGGGCCGCUGCUCUUGCCUUCUCGUCGUCGCGCACGUCCUCCCGGGAGACGUCCCGCGACCGGCGCGAUGAGUGCCAACGAGGACCAGGAGAUGGAGCUGGAAGCAUUACGUUCUAUUUAUGAAGGAGAUGAAAGUUUCCGGGAACUGAGUCCGGUUUCAUUCCAGUACAGGAUAGGUGAAAAUGGCGACCCCAAAGCCUUCUUAAUAGAGAUUUCCUGGACAGAAACCUAUCCCCAAACACCUCCAAUCAUAUCUAUGAACGCUUUUUUUAACAACACCAUUAUAUUUCUUGUGCGUUGUAGAUCAUCAGCGGUAAAGCAGAGCAUAGUAGCCAAGUUACAGGAAGCAGUGGAAGUUAACCUCGGGACCGCCAUGACCUACACACUGUUUGAAUACGCCAAGGACAACAAGGAGCAGUUCAUGGAGAAUCACCAGCCCGUUACCUCCACGAUACCCAUAAGCAGUAUCAUCUCCGUUGAAACUCCUAAUACAGCGCCAUCAAGUAAGAAAAAAGACAAAAAAGAACAACUUUCCAAAGCUCAGAAACGUAAGCUGGCAGAUAAAACAGAUCACAAAGGACAGCUUCCUCGAGGAUGGAACUGGGUGGAUGUGGUGAAGCACUUAAGCAAAACUGGCUCUAAAGAUGAUGAAUAGUGCUUGGAAUUGGGAGACAAGGAAGAGCGUCCUUUAAAAAGUAAACUAGGUUCAAAAUCCUUCGUUACUCUUUUCCGGUAUUGAGGUGGCUUUUUAUAAACCAGAAUUUUUUUGUAUGUUUCUUGUGUGAAAAAAAAAAUGUUUUAACCUGAAAGUUCAUGGAGAGAUCUGGUCGUAUUAAAUUAUUUUCACAAACUUGCCUUAACAAAAGGUAUAAUGCUAGUGUUUAGUAUCCUUCAUAAAGAUGGUUGAGUUUCAUAAAUAGACAAAAUGGGAAAUAAUCAAUGUGAAUUUAUAUGGUCUUAUUCUAGUGGAUAUGAUAUUUUUUAAAGGAGUAGGAAGCCCCUUUGGAGCAGAAUUCCGAGUCAACAGUUUUUCCGCAGCACGGUCUGUGUCGACAGACUUCUCGUCCCAGUAAAGUCUGUGUCUCUUCUUUCCCUUAAUGACUGAAGCAUAAGUUGCUCCAGGGAAAUUGAAAUACUAGUAUUUGAACUUUAUACAUAAUAUCUUUGUUGUUUCUUCUUAUUUUUCAAGGGUGAACUGCUUCCUUUUAGGAAACAAGUAUCUGUUUUCUACUUUCCUCUUGAUUUGGGUCAUGAUGUUUGAUCACGGGAGGUUUCGGGGGUGUGUGGAAUAGGAGAAUAUAAAAACAAAUCUGCCAAAUACUUUCAAAAGCAUUUGACCCGAAGUGCUGGUUCCCAUUUAAAACGUUUCUCUUUGCUGCAUAUACCAAGGCGGGAGUAAAAGAUGCCUUAAUAUUUAAUUUUUGUGUUGUCAGAGACAGUGGUUUUAAUAAAUUCCUAUUUAUCUGCGACUGUGCGUUUUUAGUGGUCUGGUAACUGAGGUCUUCGAAGGGGUUAAACAUAAAACCACAUUUCAAGUCUUGUCUCUUUGCAAGUUAUCUCUGUGUAUUCCUCAGCCUCAACAUCUGUAUCAUAAGAGACAUAUAAGUUUUUAAAUGCCGAAUCAUAGCACAUGCUCGAUUAUUUUUAAAACCACCAAUAGGGAAACUAUCAGUGUAGCGGACACAGGAAGUUACCGAUGUGCGUGUGAGUCCCAGUGGCCGCCUUUGCUCCCCGGCUUUAAAAUCCUACAAACGCUGCUGUAGCAGAUCGCUUCCUCAAGUUACACCCAUGCGGCCUGCGUCUGAAUUUCUAAAGAAUAAUUAACUUGCAAAGACGGGUCCUCAGGGGAAGAGCCCUUUGAGUUGUGUCCCUGGCUGUCCCCGGGCUGAGGUCAGGCUCUGUUCCGUCGUUCGACCUACAAAGUAAAUGCUGCGCAGUCUCGGUGAAGAAGUGCGAUCUGAUUUCCAGAAGCCGAAUCACAUCUUCUGUCUCGAAGUAAGAGACACAGCAGAGUUCGAGCCCGCCGACAGGAUCCUGGGACGUGCCAGCUUUCGUUUCGGGGCUCGUGUGCGUGGUCGUGGCUGUGUCGACUCGCUCGCUUGUUUUGAAAGAAGCUGAAACAGCUCCAUCUGCCCGUGGGACGAACUGUUUUGCUCCGAAGACUCUGACGUCGUUCAGGCUCACGUUGUGGCUCCGAGAUGACAAAGAAUAAUGCUAGUUAAAUGCCAAUGAACUAUUUUUACUCUUUUUAUGUGCACUGGACAAAUGUGGGGGCCGAUGGUGGCAGCGGUGCCUCUCACUACCUUCUGGGAAACACUUGAACUUCCUCAUCCGUGCGGCCAUCAUCUGCUGAGCACCGCAGUAUAUUUUCUCAGUCUGUUUGCCUACAAUUGUAUGGAAUGACAUGAUUGAGAAGCAAUAAAACCUGAAUUACACACUCA